AGUUGAUAAUUAGAAUACGUAUAUACAACUCUGCCUACUUUACUACCAGAAAGUCCUCUUUUCCUUCUUACUAGAUUGUAAUAAAGAUAUUUUUCUGCUCUUUAUCUCCUAUAUAUAUGAGUGCGCGUGUCCACAAAGAAAGAAGAAAGUAAAACUCUGUGCUACCAUGAACAUUUUGGCUUUUGCAGGCAUUUAACUGAGCUUAUCACUUAAUUCUUGGAGAGUUGAAGAAACCUUAAAACUGUCACUCUGUACGUUUCAGCAUCCAUUCUUGCUUAAAUUUCACUUUGCACUGUGAAAAAAGAAAGAGGGGGUCCCUGAAGUGUACUUGAUUCAAUCAAGGGAGUGUUUUUUUUGCUUAUCUCAGAUCUGGGUUCAACAAAAAGACAUCUAAAUUCAAGACAAGGAAAUUGGAGAAAAUGUUGCCUCAGAAGCAAGUAGAAGAAGCUAUAGUAUCAACUUUCAAUGAAACCGAACAUGAAGGAAAGGAAGAAGAGAAAGAAGAAGAAGAGUCCAUUUUCAGUGUCAAAAGCUUCCUCUGGCAUGGUGGCUCUUCAUGGGAUGCCUGGUUCAGUUGUGCUUCAAAUCAAGUGGCACAAGUACUACUAACUUUGCCAUAUUCUUUCUCCCAACUGGGAAUGUUAUCUGGAGUUUUGUUUCAAUUAUUCUAUGGAAUUCUUGGUAGUUGGACAGCCUAUCUCAUCAGUGAUCUCUAUAUCGAAUAUCGAAGCAGAAAGGAGAAAGAAGGCGUUAGCUUCAAGAACCAUGUCAUUCAGUGGUUCGAAGUAUUGGAUGGGUUAUUAGGUCCAUUCUGGAAAGCAGUGGGUUUAGCCUUCAACUGUACUUUCCUCCUCUUUGGAUCUGUUAUCCAACUUAUAGCCUGUGCAAGUAACAUAUAUUAUAUUAAUGAUCGACUGGACAAGAGGACUUGGACAUAUAUAUUUGGAGCUUGUUGUGCCACGACUGUGUUCAUUCCUUCAUUUCACAACUACCGGAUUUGGUCCUUUCUAGGCCUCGGGAUGACCACUUAUACGGCAUGGUACUUAACCAUAGCAGCCCUUAUUCACGGCCAGGUUGAAGAUGUGCAACAUUCGGGUCCAACAAAGCUAGUGCUUUACUUCACCGGUGCCACCAAUAUAUUGUAUACCUUCGGUGGACAUGCUGUCACUGUGGAAAUAAUGCACGCAAUGUGGAAACCACAAAAGUUCAAGUACAUUUACCUAUUGGCCACAUUAUAUGUUUUCACCCUAACUCUACCAUCAGCUUCGGCCAUGUAUUGGGCAUUUGGCGAUAAGCUGCUCAACCACUCCAAUGCCUUCUCCCUCCUCCCUAAGACCAGAUGGCGCGAUGCGGCUGUCAUCCUCAUGCUCAUUCACCAGUUCAUCACAUUUGGAUUUGCCUGCACACCACUAUACUUUGUGUGGGAGAAGGUUAUAGGGAUGCAUGACACAAGAAGCAUAUACCUAAGGGCUCUUGCAAGACUACCAGUGGUGAUACCAAUAUGGUUUUUGGCCAUUAUUUUCCCAUUCUUUGGCCCCAUUAAUUCUGCAGUUGGUGCCCUUUUAGUUAGUUUCACUGUUUACGUCAUCCCAGCUCUGGCCCACAUGCUCACUUACAGGAAAGCCACUGCUCGUCUGAAUGCAGCUGCAAAGCCACCAUUCUUCAUGAGAAGCUGGACAGCCAUGUAUGCACUGAACAUCUUUGUGGUGGGCUGGGUUUUCGUGAUCGGGUUUGGUUUCGGAGGAUGGGCAAGCAUGACCAAUUUUGUUAGACAAGUCGACACAUUUGGGCUCUUUGCAAAGUGUUACCAGUGCAAGCCUCCAAUGCCCACGAAUCAAACAUCGUCGUUGUUGCCCCACCAUUAAGAAAAUUCACCUUAUUCUCAACUUAUAUAGAAAUGUUACUAAAAGUCGUGUGUUUUUGUUUUCAAGAAUUUUUUUUCUUAAAAGUAUUAGGUAAGAUAGUGUGUGUUUGAAUUAUUAUAAUUCCUUAGCUAGUCGUUUUAAAGAAAAAAGGUCCUUGUUUGAUUUGGAUUAAAA